CCUUGUUUGUGUCGUCGGGAGGAGGUCGCGCCCGCGGCUGCCCGGGAGGCUCCGGCUUCUGCUUGUCAGCCUCGGUUUCCCCGGGCGCCGUUUCUCGGAAAUGAGCCGCCAGACUGCGACAGCGUUACCUACUGGGACCUCCAAGUGCACACCGUCCCAGAGGGUGCCCGCCCUGACGGGCACCACUGCCUCCAACAAUGACUUGGCCAGUCUCUUUGAGUGUCCUGUCUGCUUUGACUAUGUGUUACCACCCAUUCUUCAGUGUCAGAGUGGCCAUCUUGUCUGUAGCAACUGUCGCCCAAAGCUCACAUGUUGUCCAACCUGCCGGGGCCCCUUGGGAUCCAUUCGCAACUUGGCUAUGGAGAAAGUGGCCAAUUCGGUACUUUUCCCUUGUAAAUAUGCCUCUUCCGGGUGUGAAAUAACUCUGCCACACACAGAAAAAGCAGACCACGAAGAGCUCUGUGAGUUUCGGCCUUACUCCUGCCCGUGCCCCGGUGCUUCCUGUAAGUGGCAAGGCUCUCUGGAUGCUGUCAUGCCUCAUCUGAUGCAUCAGCACAAGUCCAUCACAACCCUGCAGGGAGAGGAUAUAGUCUUCCUUGCUACAGACAUCAAUCUUCCCGGGGCUGUGGACUGGGUGAUGAUGCAGUCCUGCUUCGGCUUUCACUUCAUGCUAGUCUUGGAGAAGCAGGAGAAGUAUGACGGGCACCAGCAGUUCUUUGCGAUUGUACAGCUGAUAGGAACACGCAAGCAAGCUGAAAAUUUUGCUUAUCGACUUGAGCUAAAUGGGCAUAGGCGGCGAUUGACUUGGGAAGCCACUCCUCGGUCUAUUCAUGAGGGAAUUGCAACAGCCAUUAUGAAUAGUGACUGUCUAGUCUUUGACACCAGCAUUGCACAGCUUUUUGCAGAAAAUGGCAAUUUAGGCAUCAAUGUAACUAUUUCCAUGUGUUGAAACGGCAAUCAAACAUUUUCUGGCCAGUGUUUAAAACCAUUGCAUUCAAUUUUACAGAGAAUAGGCAUCCUUCUGCCUGCCAACCUGAAACUUUUGGUAGGUGGAGCGAGUCACAUGAAGGUAAAUAAAAGGAAAGGCUGUUGAAUACAGGAAACAGUUGCAUGUAGUAACACUAAUAUAUUUAAAAUAAGUCAACAGUAAACCACUGAAAAUAUAUAUAUAUAUACAUCCAGAUGGGCAUCUUUUGUAUUAAGGAAGGAAGCAUUGUAAAAUAAUUCUGAAUUUGUGUUUGUUGUAGAUUGAGUGUACUGUUGAAAAAUACUGGGUUUUUGUUUUUGCGUGAGUGUGUGUGUGUGCGCGCGUGUGUGUGCUUGGGUUUUUUUUUCUUUAACUGACAAGCCAUGUUGAGUGGUCUUGGGCCACUGCUUCCCCCUUUUUGAGUCAAUACAUAGUGCUGCUGUGUGUGUACAUUUGUGUGUGUAUUUGCUAAUUUUUAUUAAUUCUAGUUUUUCAUUAAAUAAAUUUGACUUUCUUUUCUGUAAUUCAGGCUUUUUCCACCUUUUUUUGUACCUUUUUAAAGUUAGUGUUUAUUUUGAUAUGCAUAAUUGUUUAUGGUAAAGUUUAUGUGUGUGUCCCAUACAUAUUUUUUUCUCCCCAUUAAUCAGUUCAUUAGAAAUACUUUAAAUUCAGCUAUCCUGUGAAGGUAAGAGUUCCAGAAAGGGAAGGUAACAUCGGAAAAGAUGAUCAGAAGCUAUUUAAAGCAGCUAUACGAUGGUCGGUCUUUCUCUUUUUCUCUCCAGUUGAGUCAUACCUUCAAACUUAUUCUUUGAAAGGUUAGGAUAUACUGAUUUUUUAAAAUACUGAAAAACCCAGCCCGCCCCCCAACAUCUUGGACAAAUCACACGUUUAAAAUUUGUUUUCGUAUUUAUUGGUUUUGCAAAAGAAGGCAUAGUCUUACACAGUAUUUGUAAUUAAAAGCAAAUCAUUUGUUUAAAAAAAGGCAGUUUGCAAAAAAAAUGUUUUUGGUCUUUUAUAACUCUCAUUAAAAGAAUAUCUGGCAAAUUAAGAA